AUGAUUAAUGGCCUCCUUCAUGGUAGCGUAACUGACCUAGAGAUUUAUCUUGCAGGCCCAGAUGUCCGAUUGAGUCUCCCAACGUUGGAGGAAUACGUCGCGUUGACUCCUCGUCUCGUCACGCCGGCACGGCCUCCACUCGAAAUCCUCGAAUCUGGCACCGGCCACGGCUCCUUGACCCUCCAUCUCGCCCGCGCCAUCCACGCCGCUAACACAACUCCGCCACCUCGUCCGUCGCAAUCGCAGAUCCAAUACGUGGAGAACCGAGCUCAAAGGCCAGGCGAGGAAGACACGAAAAAGGCAGAUGGAAACGAGACUGCGGCCAGCGACAACACAGCCCAACUUGAGUGGGAUUCAUGGCGAGCGGAGCGCCAUGCUGUGAUUCACACCGUGGACGUCUCGCAUAAGUUCGCCGCCCUGGCCGAGCGAAACGUCAAGGGUUUCCGCCGUGGUAUAUACGCAGGCGAUGUUGAUUUCUACGUCGGACCUGUCGAGAACUGGAUCGCCGAGCAGACCAAGCGACGGACGAAGACUGGGCUAUUGUCUUCGUUGACCGGGUCCUCCACCGUGGAACCGUUCUUGUCUCAUGCUAUCCUGGAUAUGCCCUCGGCGCAUUUGCGAAUUCCCCAUGUUGCGCCGGUUCUGAGACGGGAUGGAUAUCUGGUGGUUUUCAUGCCGAGCAUCACUCAAAUUGGCGAUUGCGUGCAGAUUAUUCGCAAGCAUCGGUUGCCCUUUGUCCAGGAAAGAGUGAUUGAACUGGGACUUGGAAUUACGAGUGGUCGCAAUUGGGACGUUCGACUCGCUUUCAAGAAGUCUGGAGCUGAUCCCUCGUCUUGGGCUCCGUCUGCCGAGGCCGAUGGUGAAGAAUCGGUCCUUGCUACUGACGCGGAGGAGUCAAAUGUGGCCCACGGUGUGGAUGAAGUUACUGUGCCAGAAGAGCCUGUCAAAGAAGAGGAGCCAGUCAUGGUCUGCAGGCCCAAGGUGGGAAUUCGGACCAUGGGUGGUGGUUUCGUUGGCAUCUGGCGGCGCAUCGAAGAUCCCUCUGAACGAUGA